AUGCGCACGCUAAAAGAGAAACUGAGUCAGUCAUUCGAGCACUUGUCUGCGCUGCUAAAUAAGAGCACAGAAGCCGAGAAAAAAGGCAUAGAAAAUACACUAGAGAGGAUGAAAAACAUCACAGUAGCAAAGGAGGGGAGCAGAGAAAUAGAAAGCGCGCGGAGAAAAGAAGCAGACGAUCUGGCAGAGAUUCGGAGGAACGUUGAAUCUCUUCUGGAGAUGGCCACUGCAGACAAAAAAUCAGUUAAAAAAACGGAAAAAGACCAGAAAAAGCAAAGCAGAAGGUAUUUGGAGCAGCUGGAGCAGAUGUCAUCGUCAAGCGAGUGGAGUGAAGAAGAGAAAGAAGCUAAGUCCAGCUGUUCAGUUACUGAAUACCUCAAAGGAAAGAAAAACACAAAUGAAAGAGGAAGGGAGACAGAAAAAGAAAUAAAGAACAAAACAAAAAACGAAGCGAAAAACGAAACAAAAAAUGAAUUAAAGAAUGGGGCAAAGGCGAACGAAAAAGGGGCUGUCUGUGUUCCUCUAGUGAAGAAAAAAGAGAUGGGAUCAGGAAACGAUGGAUUGGCAGGAGGAGAGAAGAAUGGCUCAUCAGGUGAUGCAGUAAAGAAGGCAGCGGUAUACGGAUCGCUAGCUAGUGGUGUACUGCUGUCACAGGAGAUGAAAGGGCAAAACCAAAGCCAGGAAAUGAAAAAUAGCAAAACCGAAAAAUCAAAAGACACAAAAAACACAGCUGAUGCCAAGCAUGCACUUGAUGGAAAAGAGAAGGACAAAAUAAAGGAGAAGAAGACAGCAGACGGAAAGACCGGAGAGUCGAAAGAUGCAAAGGAUGCAAAAAUAAAAGAUGGAAAAGCAAAGGAAAAGGAGACAGCAGAUGGGAAAGAAAAGAGUAAAAUGAAAAGUGGAAAAGAAAAAGAAAAAAGAAAAGAAGAAGGAAGUGUACAAACAGAUGAUAAGAGCCACCUGGCGCUAGGCAACAAAUUCAGUGAUAACUCUGGCAAAGACAAGAUGAAAAAAGAACAGAAACUGCCAUCAGAUAGCACAAAAAUACCAGCAGCUGUGCAAGUAGCGCCCAUAAUAAUAGGAGGAAAGAUAAGAGCACAGUCAACUGCCACAGAGCACGACGAAACAGCAGAAGAGAAACAGAAGACAUCCGGAGAAACAACGCCCUUUGACUCCACCUCGUAUACAGAUGCUUCAGCAGACGGCUUGCUGUUCAGCAACCCUGAAGUAGGGAGAGUCGAAGACAAGCUGGAGUUCAUAAAAAAACAGGGAACCAUCGAAGACGACGCAAGGCUGUACGGAAUGAUAACCAGUACAAUCGAGAAAAUGAAAGAAAGAAAAGACUUUGAGGCCAUAAAACUCUCUAUGCAGAUGGACAUAGCACGAAAAUACAUAAAAGACUUCAUAGACCUGCGCGUAGCCAUGCAGGGAACAGAGUCCGCGUCGACAAAAGAAGACAGAAGGAACAAAAGAAAGAAGAUGCGCUCAAGAUUUCCAGCUGAGCAAUAG